GAUACAUAAAGCACGAUGGUGGACUCUUUGGAAAUGCUGGUCGCAGCCUUGAGGAGACCUUGGAAAGCUGAAAUGCGCCUUACACCGAUUUUGGGGUUCUUCGCUUUGCGCUGGGCGAGCGUCGCAACGACAUCUACCAGUGGUCUUUACGAUUUGGUCAAGCGGCGAUUGCCUUUCCAUUACGAAGACUUUGUGUUUGUGCUUGAAAAUACGACCGUACCUUCCAAUUCCUCCGUGAUUCAGAACGAUGAAUACACGAUUAGCGGAGUGAAUGAUUCGAUUACCAUUCAAGGGAAUACGUUGAGCGCUCUUGCGACAGGCCUCCGACGAUACUUGACGGACGUGGCCCAUGUGGAUAUGUACUGGUUCAUUGGAAGUCGUCUAGAACAGGUCAAUUCGCCGUUGCCGAUGCCUAAUGGGACGAUAGUUGGGAAGAGCCUUGUGCCUUGGAGGUACUAUUUCAACACGGUAACAUUUUCCUAUACCACCUCGUUCUGGUCAUGGUCCGAUUGGGAACUUCAGCUCGAUUGGAUGGCUCUGCAUGGGGUAAACCUACCCCUGGCCUGGGUUGGAUUCGAGAAGAUCUUACUUGACGUCUUCUGUGAGCUCAAUUUUACAGUCGACGAGAUUACCUCCUUCUUCUCUGGUCCCGCCUUCCAAGCCUGGAACCGCUUUGGAAAUAUCCAAGGCUCAUGGAACGACUCUCUUCCCGUUGACUGGAUCGAGUCUCAAUUUGCCCUCCAAAAACAUAUUCUUGCACGAAUGCUUGAACUCGGCAUGACACCCAUACUGCCCGCCUUCACCGGCUUCGUUCCGCGCGCCCUCCCUCAAAUUUAUCCUAACGCAAGCGUCGUCAACGGCAGCCGCUGGGAAGAUUUCCCUCCCGCAUAUACAAAUACCACGUUUCUCGAGCCCUCCGACCCCUUAUUCUCCUGCUUACAGAACCGCGUGAUAAGCAAACAAAUCGAGUACUAUGGUAACAUCACUCGAUUCUACACGCUAGAUCAAUACAAUGAAAAUGAUCCCUUUUCCGGAAACCUCGACUAUCUCCGCAACGUCACGCGCGGUACAUGGCAAUCUCUCAAAUCUGCAAACUCCGCUGCGGUAUGGGUUAUGCAAGGGUGGCUGUUCUACUCUAAUUCCGAUUUCUGGAGCAACGAACGAGUAGAAGCGUAUCUCUCCGGUGUAGAAACAGAUUCCGACAUGCUUAUCCUUGAUUUAUUUUCCGAAAGCCAACCGCAGUGGCAGAGGACAAAUUCCUAUUACGGGAAGCACUGGGUUUGGAACGAGCUUCACGACUAUGGUGGAAAUAUGGGACUUUAUGGGCAGAUUGAUAAUAUCACGAUCAAUCCAAUUGAUGCGUUGAAGAAUUCCUCCAGUUUGGUAGGCUUUGGACUUACGCCCGAGGGUCAGGAGGGGAACGAGAUUAUCUACGCACUUUUGCUCGAUCAAGCAUGGCAAACCUCCUCCAUCGACACAAAACAAUACUUCCGCGGCUGGACCAAGAAUCGAUACGCGGGGAGCAACUCAAUACCGGAGGAGUUAUACACAACUUGGGAAUUACUAAGGACGAGCGCGUACAACAACCCAGAUCUCAAAUCAAACGCAGUCCCUAAGGCUAUCUUCGAACUAGCACCGAAUAUUACGGGUCUGACAAAUCGAACGGGGCACCAUCCUACAACGGUCAACUACAAUCCUGCUGCUGUCGUCGGCGCAUGGCAAAACAUAUACGCCGCAGCGGAGAGGGAUGAUAAAUUGUGGUCGAACCCAGCGUAUAAGCAUGAUUUCGUUGACAUCACACGCCAAGUCUUCUCCAACGCCUUCCUAUGGCAAUACCAGGCCUUCAUACAGACCUGGAACAGCUCCACCCGCACAUCCAUUAAUACAACAAAUUCAGCCAAAGCCAUACUUCUCACUACGCAAGCCACAGCCCUAACAACCCUCCUCUCCUCUCUAGACGCCCUCCUCCUCACCCUCCCGCAGUUCAGCCUCUCGACCUGGAUAUCUUCCGCCCGCUCUCUCGCUCCGGUAAAUUCUUCCCAUAUCGCAGAUUUCUACGAGUACAACGCCAGAAACCAGAUCACGCUGUGGGGUCCUGACGGCGAGAUCAAUGACUAUGCGUCGAAGUCUUGGGGUGGGUUGGUUGGGGAGUAUUAUCUUCCACGAUGGGAGGCGCUUUUGGGGUAUUUGUUGGAAAAUGGGCCGGAGCAGUAUGAUGCUCGAGUUGCGAGGAAGAGGGUG